UAACAAUUUGUCUCUUAAUUCCACCUUCUCAAACUUACCAUUACCUUCUAAGUUCUAAUCAUACAAACACAAACAUGAAAAGAACUCUAAACACUAACCCUUUACUACGUCUCCUUAUUCUCUUCAACAUCCUUACACUAUCCAUCCCCAUAUACUUUCGUACGACCACCACCGACCUCAUAACCGCAACAUGUAACCAAACACCCGAUCCCAAUCUCUGCCAAGCCGUGCUCGGGUCCGAUCCUCGAUCCUCGGAAACCGAAACCAUCGAAGGACUGAUUUUGAUCAUGGUGGACGUGGUUAAAACCGGGUUUUCGGAUUCUCUUCAAUAUGUAAAGGAAUUAAGCAAAAAGGCCCGAGACCCGGACAUAAUCCCAGCCUUACAGGAGUGUAUAUGGGUUUACAAAGUGGUGGUGGAAACAAGUGUUGAAUUAGCAGUAAAAGCAGUGAAACAAGGAGUACCAAAGUUCGGAGAAAAAGCUAUGGCGGAUGCUGGUAUGGAGGCCCAACUGUGUAUGAUGGGCUUCCCGGAAGGUAAGGUUCCGGGUCGGAUCAUGGGUUGGACCCGGAUGCUACAGGGAGUUUGUAAUGUAGCUGCUUCUAUGAUUAAGAUUUUAGAGUGAAAAGCUGAUCUUAUGUUAUGUUAUUUAUUGAUAUUUAAUAAUCAGUACUUUACUUUGUUAUUAUGUCUAAUAUUAAAUUGUAGUUGUAUAAUUAAAUAGUUUUUGGAAUAAGGUGGCUUCUGUAAAAUACUACAAUGACUUUAUGACCCAUAAUUAAUUACUCCUAUUAGUCAGCAGUACUCUUUAUUAGCUAGCUAGUGUAACUAUUAGUCGCUGUGUUUUUAUUUUUUGUUAGGCAUUUAUUUUUACA